AUGACAGUUAUUGAUCGUAAGGAAAGCAUGAUAUUCUUCGUUGAUGGGCCAGGGGGAACUGGGAAAACAUUUUUGUAUCGCACAAUAUUGGCAACCUUGAGAAAAGCUGGUCACAUUGCAAUUGCCACAGCUACAUCUGGCAUAGCAAAAACAUUACUCCCUAGUGGAAGAACAACGCAUUCCAGGUUUAAGAUUUCUUUAGCUCCUGAUGCCUCAUCUACUUGCUCAAUAAGUAAACAAUUAGACUUAGCUGAACUUAUUAGACGUGCCACCAUAAUUAUUUGGGAUGAAACCCCAAUGGUAAAUCGAUGUGCACUUGAAUCUUUAGAUAGAAUAUUUAGAGAUAUUAUGGAAGUAAAUUUACCUUUUGGUGGGAAGGUGCUAAUUUUGGGUGGAGAUUUUCGUCAAGUACUUCUGGUUAUUCCAAAGGGUACAAAGGCAGAAAUGAUUGAUGCAUGCAUAGUCAAGUCCCCAUUAUGGAAAGAUGUCAAAGUGUUACAUUUGAAGCAGAAUAUGAGGUCUAUCAACGAUGAAGAGUUUGCUGAGUAUAUACAACACAUUGGUGAAGGGAAUGAACCAUAUAUAAUGGAUGAUUUGAUUAAACUACCCCCUUCAAUGGCAAUGCAAUGGGAGGGUCAGAAUUCUAUAUACAACUUGAUUGAUCAAGUUUUUCCAAGUUUGCAAGAACAUGCCAAUGAUGCGAGGUAUAUGGUUGAUAGGGCUUUGCUAACACCUAUAAAUGAUGAUGUUGAACAGCUUAAUGCAAAGAUAAUUUCUCAGUUUCCAGGAGAUGAGUUUACGUUACAUUCUUUUGAUGAGGUUGAAGAAGAUACGCAACAUCUAUAUCAACAAGAAUUCCUAAAUUCUAUAUCUCCAGGGGGUUUACCACCACAUAUACUAAGGCUAAAAAAGGGUGCUCAAAUUAUGUUGCUGCGCAAUACAGAUCCAAAAGCCGGAUUAUGUAAUGGUAUAAGAUUGAUAUGCCGGGGAUGUUUUAACAACGUAAUUGACGCUGAAAUUUUGACUGGACAAUAUGUGGGUACACGCGUUUUUUUGCCAAGCAUCCCUUUGAAGACAACAGAAAAUGUAUACCUGCCAUUUGUAAUGAUCAGACGACAAUUUCCUAUACGUUUGAGCUUUGCACUUGCAAUAAACAAAGUGCAAGAUCAGACAAUUCCAAUUGUUGGAAUUUAUCUUCCUGAUUAUGUUUUUAGUCAUGGCCAAUUAUAUGUGGCGUUUUCAAGGGGAGUCUCCCAAUCCACCACAAAACUAUUGGUGUAA